CGGUAAUGCUGCUGUAUCGACGCAGGCGCCGCCGCUGUGACGGCCGCUUUGCUCUGCCUCUUCUACGGACUCCUCCGCCGCCGGAUUUCGCGGCAACCGACGUCGACUUCGUCCUCCUCGUGGCCUUGCUGCCACUAUGAAUCCUCUGGCUUUCGACCGACGGUGGUCACUCCGUUGUUCCACGACGUUGGACGAAGCUUCGUCGCUCAUCACUGGAGGCAGCGUCAGCAGCAGCAACACCACCACAAGCGCCGAGAGCAGAAGCGGCGGAGGCGGCAGCGGCGGCCAUGUUGCCGUCUUCGUGGUUCCGCGUGUGAACACGCGCUGGCGCUGCUGCUGGUACUAAGCGUUUCUGCGCAAAGGAGAGGAGGAGUGGAGCCGGUGCGCAUGCGCGGGCGGCCCAGCCGCACUGCAGGCUGGCCGACAGCGGUGUGAGGAAGCACUCUAGCGACGCGGCGCUGGACGCCCCGCCUUCGGGCGCCCGCCCCAAGAUGGGCAGAGGCAGCAAGAAGUCCUCUUCCUCGGCGCCCGCUGCUUCCAACGCGCCGACGCAGGCGUCGACGCCCAAGCUCAAGAGCAAGUCCAAGAGCAAGGCCAAGUCCUCGCACGGGUCGGCGCCGCCUCCGCCGCGGUCCAAAUCCCGGGCGCAGCGGCUACGCAGUGCCAACUCCGGCGUGAUUAGCUCGCUGAACAUGCUGCAGCUAUCCCUGCUCAACAGCGGCCUGCUCCCUCUACCGGACGAGGCGUCCGCCUUUAUACCCACGCGCCCCAUCGAGCUGACCCGGUUCCCCAAGCACAUCGCGCUCUUCAAGAAGUACGACGUGCUCCUCAAGACCGAGUUCCUGCUUGCGACCAAGGGUGAAUCGCAUUGCAUGCGACAUGCCAGCAAGCCGGACAACGACAACAAGAACACCUACAAGAAGCUGCUGCCCUAUGACUACAACCGCGUUGUCUUAGACACGCUACCCGACAUUCCCGACUCCGACUACAUCAACGCUACGCACAUAGACAGCAUUCUGAAGCCGAACGCCUACAUAGCGGCUCAAGGUCCGAACGAGGACACCAUUAGCGAUUUCUGGCGGAUGGUAUGGGAGAAAAAGUGCUACGUCGUUGUUAUGCUCACCAAAGUGUUCGACUUCAUACGGGUUAUGUGCUGCCAGUACUGGCCCAUGGAGCUGGACAAGCCCGAAAAGUACGGCGUCAUCGAGGUGACGCUCCUCUCCGAGGACACCAUGGCCAACUUCGUCAUCCGAACGCUUAGGCUACGAAAGGGCGAGGAGGAGCGCGACGUGUUCCAGCUUCACUUCACAAGCUGGGCGUCCCACACGCAGCCGUUCACCAACGCGCUGCUGGACUUCCGGCGAAGGGUUCGGACGUUCACCGACCGCUGGUCAGCGAUCGGGCCAACCAUCGUCCACUGCAGUGACGGAUGCGGCCGCACGGGCACGUACAUGUGCAUCGACGCCAACCUGGAGCUGGCGGACGAAGACGGCGAGUACGACGUGUUCGGCUACACCAAGAAGCUGCGCGCCGCGAGGAAAGGAAUGGUCGACACCGUGGAGGCGUACAAAUUUGUGUACGAGACACUGGAAGAGGCCUACGUCUGCGGAAAGACGUGGUUUCCGGUGUCCGAGCUGUCCGAGCAGCUCAAGUUCAAGUCGGCCAAAAACCCCAUCACCAAAGUCAACGAGUACCAGAAGGAGUACGAGAAAAUUUGCAAGAUGUCGUCCAAGCUAUCCAUCGGGGACUGUGCCGGCGGUCAUCGACCCGAAAAUAGAGACAAGAAUCGAGACGUGGCUACCGUGCCUCCUGAUAACUUUCGGCCGUACCUGACGUCAUUCCAGAGCAACGACAACACUGACUACAUCAACGCCGUCUUCGUUGACGGCUACAGCCGCUCCAAGGAGUACAUCGUGACAGAGUGGCCCAUGGUCCGGACGGCGCAGGACCUGUGGUCGCUCGUCUACGACCACGACUGCAACUCCGUAAUCGUCCUCUGCAAUCCUCCGCCUUCGAACGCGUACCCUUCCUUCUGGCCGACAGAGAAGGAGAAACGAAAGAAGUACGGACCCGUCUUCACGGUGGACGUGGUCUCGUACAACCACUACCCGAAAAUCAAGACGUGGAUUUUCAGGAUAAACAAGAAGGUGGUCUCGCUGACGGAGCUGAUGGCGGGCGUCAAGGCCGAGCCGAAGACGACGCAGAUCUUCCAGAUCACCUGCUGGCCCGAGCGCCACAAGGUGCCCACCUCCACAAACACCCUGGUCGAGCUCAUGAACAUGGUCGAGAGAUGGCGCCAGAGGACCACCUACGGCCCCGUUCUCGUCAUAUCCACGAACGGCAAGAGUCGCGCCGGCGUGUACUGCGCGGCCAACGUUGCCAUCGAGCAGGUCGUGGAGCACGGAGAAGUCGACGUCUUCCAGGCAGUGAGGACGGUGCGAAGGCACCGGCCGCAGCUCGUCGAGAACAUGACCGAGUACAAGUACUGCUACGACCUUAUUCAGCACUAUGUGCUGCACUACUUGAACAAGGAGUGAAUGUUGCGGCGCGCGAUAUAGCUUCCUUCACUGAACGUGCAUACGUCCUGUUCCACAAGCCGAAAAACGGGAACGAACCGUGGCGUGCUUCGGAAGCCGCGAUUCCCGCACAGUCAACGGCCAAACAUUCCAGCGGCGUCGUAGGAGACGUGGCCACGGGGUGCAAUUCUUCCUUCUAAGAAAGUGCCGGAGUGCCAGUAAUGUCCGGCCGCCCCGCCGCGCUGUAGCGAAAAUCUUUCUUCUUUUUAACGUUGUUCCCCCGUUGUUCUCGUCGUCCGGAGGUGUUUUCCUUACUUAGAGAGUUUUCUAGAGAUGUGUUUUACUUCUGGCCAGGGCUGCUACUCUGGACACCCUCAUGUUCCGCUUGUAGAGUACUCUAGUUCCGUCAUAUAUUGUCUAAUUCACCAUCCUGAAAUCUCGAAUAGGCUCGCAGGGUGGCUACUGUAUACUGUCUGCCUGAUUGGCUAAAAAUGCCAACUUGGCGGAUUUUCGCCGUGUCCAGAAUGGUACCCUGGCCUCGAAGCAAGUCUACUGUAAUGCUUCGACGGCUGAAAAGAAGGCAGUUUCGAGCUUUGGAUAUUGGGAGCUGUGUGCAUACAAGCGUCGCCGUGCGGUGACCUCACCGUGGGUUGUCGAAAGAAGAAAUUAAGAGGAAAAAACAUGUUAGCGCCGUAUUUUGAAACUCGACAUGUUUUAACUUACGGAAAACGCAACGUGGCUUACGCACGCUUUCACGCAUGAUGACUUCAUUUGAUUCUUAACCCGAAGAAAGCGUGACUGUGGUUUUUUUUUUUGUGCCCAUGCGAUCGUCCCACCGAGCUAUUCUCUCAGGCUACUCAGUCGCCAUCUUGGUUGUACACUAAAGUAGCCUGCGUCAUUUUUUUUACGUAGGUACUGUCUUUUGCUAAGUUGUCUUCCUUGCUGAAACACACUUUGCAAAGAUUUAGAAUAACACCUGUCGGACUUUGCUGUAUAUUUAGCGAGUGUCGAAACACACUCUCAGCGGUAAACACUGCGGAGGCUACUCAAGUAGUGCGGUCGCUUAAAUGUAUUACUCCGCGCGUUUCGUGGCGAACUGGGCUUAAUUAGCGACGCGUUGCACGGAAUAACAUCCCUGAGAGGUUAUUAUAUCCGUCUGGUUGCACUACGUUGCGCACUAUGUUUCGGUAGCGUAUACAUGCAGUGAGUGUGCUGUGGAAGAAGCCCAAUAAGUGCGGUCACACGAAUGUAUAACUCCGCGCUAUCUGAGCAAUCAGUAAAUAGGGUUAAAUUCACAGCGUCUUCUACGUUGCACUAUCAUUCGUCUAUUGUAACAGCGACAUAGGUAUGGAUCUAAUAUAAUGUCGAAGCACCUGUCAUUUUCACAAGCUCUACAUAUUUUUACGGUGAUGCACUAGUUUGUUUGUCGCUAGGGCAGGCGUUGUGAUACGAGCCGAGGACAUCUCCAAUUAGGGGAAAUUAGUGGCCAGUUCGGUAACGUUACGCGGUAUCGCUUUAUCAAUCGGCUUUGUUUGUUCCCUACGCACACUGCUUCCACGGUCGUUAUUAUUGUAAUGUUCAUUCAGUAAAUAUUUCGAAUCAUUUUCCUUACAGAGAAUUAUCCUUUUCCAUAGAAGGAAAAUGUCUCUCAUAGCUCCUGUUUUAAAUAAUCCUGUAUGAUCAUGUGGAACCACAGAUAUACAUAUAAACUGGAAUGUUUCCAUAUAGUGACAUGGAAUUAUGGCACCUACAGUAAUGAGGAAUACGUUGUUUCGUUUUUUCAACUACUCUGUCCCCGAAAUUCUGUGUUGUGAGCUCACGUACGAUCAUGUGGAACCUUAUGUAAGAACUCCAGUUUUUCCUUAUCACUAUUGCGUCGGCAGUAAAAUGGCGGAUGUUUGUGUAUUUCUUUCUUUCUUUCUUUUUUUCAGAACGCAGACUAUUGAUUUGAAAGGCCUUAAAUAUUUUACUAGGCGAAGCUCAUGUGUCAUAGUCCAGGCUACACUAGUUGUCCUCAUUGUUUCGAAGCUCACUUUUGUUUUCGUUCUGGUUCCUGCGACCUUCAGUAUGGAAUAAACGGCGGCAGCAAGUUGCAUGGACAAAGUGUACACCCUUGCACGUGGCGCGUGAAAUCUCUCUCCUCUCGACAUUCUAUGCAGUGCUUUAAAAACAUCGUUUUUGCAUAUGUUGCCGCUUUGAAGCUCUGCACAUUAAUUUAACACAUCUGGGUGCAGAACAGCCCUGGAGUCACGAGUCACUCGCGUUCAUUUCCAUCAGCUUUUGUGGUCGCUACGCUAUUUUUCUUGUUUACACUUCUUAUAUUUUGAACGUUCAAGUUGCGCCACUUAGUCGCAGAUUGAAUCACGUCGUUGCUCGGUCCUACCACUCGGGUGAUUGACGCUAUGUCUCGUCCUCUCGAUGCGAAAGGUAUCCGCAAUGCCAGGCCACCCAAUGUGAAGCAACAGGUUAGUAUAGCCGACAAGCAAAGUUAGUAUAUCCGUCGCUAUGAUACAAACGAGCGCGAUUGUUACGUAUUCUGUUUUAGCUGUGCGGUAAACUUCAGCUAUCAUAGUUUGACGUCAUCUCGCGUAUUAAGUGCCGAACGAUGAAGAAUAUUUCAUUACAAUUGUAUGCGUUAGCUAGUGUACCUGCGGUAUUUCAGUUCACUACUGCAUAAACAUUUUGGGCGCGCAAAUGGAAGUCAGCAAUAGCACGCUACCCCAGCCAUCAAGACUCUGCUUCUAUAUCUGUACUAAGUCUAGAUGACCUACUCUAGCAUAGUAUAUAGACUACGCCGGUACGGCUAAAAGGUCUAUGCAAUGUCCCGAAUCGUUUGCGUAUAAGUUCUUCUUUCAGGGUUUUGCACCAAGCUUCCUUUCAAACUACGUUAGCACAUUUGAUUACUCGACUUAGACGAAGAAAAGAAGCGGUGGUGGAAUAGAAGCGUCACACUUGAUUCUCUACAAAGCCAGCCUUGAUCACCGCGAGUCUGUUCAGUGCUACGCCGAAUCCCGACGUUCGAAAAAUGUACGUCUUCGUUCUCAAUUGUAGCAUCGAUCACAGCUUCUGCUCCUUCUGCUCGCGCCUUGUAGGCAUCUUGUGAACCAAUUAAGCCAUGAAGAAAGUCAUUAAACUUGUUUUAUGCUGUGUUGGAGUGGAGAGGCGACGGCGAGGACUUGGUUAGCUACUACUUUUCCUUGAUUUUAAGUUCGAUUUUUUUUAUCGAUAUUACGCCCUUGUUUUGUACAAUAUCGUGUUACCAUAUUUUCUGUUUCGUCCGGUUCUUUCAUUUCUGUGCCCCCUUUGUAUUGUUUAUCUUCUGCAAUAAAGAGAGAAAAAGAAGCUGUCUUCCGGCUUCGGUAACAGCAGGAAUCAAGCAGGCGCGUAGGUUAUACAGAUCUAACACAGACAAGCACGCUGGUUGGUGCGUCGGCUGGCACUUUCAAUAUGGUUAAAUUACGAUUGUGUCACUGGUUGCAAAGGCACAAGACCUUCACAGCAAGUGAAACGUUUCACGACAAGAAUACAAUGUGUGGACAAGUAUAAUAUACAUAGUAUACGUUGUUUGAAGUUAAACACCAGACAUUAAAAUGUUUUAGGUGAUUAAAACACGAAUAUGACUAGCAAUAUUGUCAGCAUAAAUUCAAACGCGAAUAAGUCCGAGACUACUUCACUGCACAGUUCCGUUUUGAAGUUAACCUGUGUUUGCAAUAGAAUAUCAAGUCUGACUCCGAAACCUACACUUGUAUCUAUCUCAUGCUUAGACACCGGUUACAGCGAACAUACACGUCCCACUUCCUUGCAAUUACUCGUAACAGGUACUCUAAGCAGUUAUUUUCUGUACACGUUUCAGUUUGUGCUGACAAUACGGGAAAUGCCACGUGAAUACACACGGGGGCAGUGAUACGGUACAUAUAUUUAUAGAUACCUGUAGAAACCUUAAUCACGCUAAAACCUUAAGUAUUCCCCUGUAAUAUCUACAAGCAGGUAUUGUAUAUGUAUCAUGUUAAUCGCUGUCCAGUUUAAGAUGGUAUUGUUUGUUGACGGGGCUAACUGACUUAAGCGAGUCGCCUUCGCACCUGUAUAAUCCUCGUUGAUGGCAUCUACGUUUUCGAUGAGAGCACGAAAUUCUACGAAUUUGUCCACGUGCCUGUCGUUGAAACCCCUGUUCGUUUCUAUUUACCGGAAUGUCGAAAACAGUGCCUUUUGUAAAGUGCUCUAUGUGGUACGCCUUGUCCUUAGGGUAGGGCAAAAGCAUAAGCGCGACGCGGCAAGAAUGACGCCCCUAGUUUAUUGAUUGUCUUGUAUAGCGUGCGAAUAGCCUCGGAACUACCAUAUGCACUCUCGUUAAGCUAUAUCUUCCGCAAUUGUAACAUGCGCGGCUAACAUUGAACCGCUCGUCAUUCGCGCUGCAAUCCAUCUGUAAGGGCCUACGUACGCUCAAUCCGCACGGACGGCAUUCCGCACGGCAUUCCGCACGCGUAUGGAGGUGUGGAAAGCAGCACAUGUCGCACACAGGUGAACAAAUUUCAGUUCGCGCUCGGUCCGCCCGAGCAGUGUAAAACAAAAUGUGCAGUUUUUUUCCCCCACAUAUCCGCACGCGCGCGGAAGACCGUUAGGAUUGAACCUAAGUCGGCCCACGUGUCUCUUCAAUGCUGUCCCUAAAAUGUGCGUGUGAUAUGAGAGUACUCUUUGAGCAUGCAAUUAGACACUGUAUCAUAGGACAAGACGCGAUUCACCACACAUUAAUUUAACGUUGAAAGAAGGCUGAACAGGGCGCAUCUCUUUCGACAAGGUUACUUCCAACGCUCUGUCUUCGUUUGGAAAUUGGGCGUACGUUAUGCAAAUGCGAUACAAGGCUGAACUGAGCGUGGUCAGUUAGCCAAUUAACUGCAUGCCACCUUGUCGGCGAUUAAUAACGGCAGUGAAGCGAACGCCGUGUUUUCGAUUAACACACAAGUAGGCGAGUCCGUGAGCUGGCCUUUUUGAGUACCGCAAACAAGUAAAAACAGGACUUUACGGAGUUAAGGGAGACCACUUCAAUCGUACGUCCUGUUUUCUCCUGCGUAGCAUGAAAUACACAUUUUUUAGUGGUCGUGGUGCCGUGCAACCUGUAGCGAUGAAAAUCACCCUACAACCUUUAUGAAGUAUGUAAAUUCUGCCACUUGUUUGUGCUCGAUUGUUUUCCGUUGUCCUCGGCGCUCUAUUUGGAUAUUUGAUCGCGUUUGCAGAAGCGCUAGCCAGAGAAGUCCAAGAGUAGUGUCCAGCUUAGCCGCGAGACUGCUUCUCGUUGCGCGUGAGUUUGCAUUCGUACGUGUAUAUUUUGGAGCACACAAGGGCAACAUUCGCGGCCGCCAGAUCAUUUUAGCAGUUAAUAUUCCUUGGCGCUUUUUUUUUUACAGUCAAGCACAUAUUUGCAAGUGACCGCAGUCGCAGAUAUCCUGGAGCUGUAGCCCUGUGACAGCAAUGUAACAAUUAGCUAUUUGCGGACUAUCUUUUAGCAAUGAAAGUACAGUAAUGAGAAAGACGGAGGAUAGCGCGACCGAACCCCUCGUGCAAGGGCAUUUUGGGCGAGACAGGGAAAAAAAUAUUAUGGCCUGAGUGUAUACUUUGUGUGUCUGUUUGUCACACGCCCUUGUCUUUUCUGCUGUUCAAAGAUGACGGAGGAUACUCUCACCUUGUUUUGGCGCCGCUCGGCGCGUGUUUACUCCAGCACUUUUUUUCGACUGUAAAAGUUGGUGCACUCACGCAAGUUUCUCCCAGUCGAACAAUUACUGUACUAGUAUUGCAGUACUCCGGUGUGCAAGAAUAGAGUACCGACGUGCCAAACGCUUCACUCUUUCAAGUUGGACAGUAUGGUGCAGUGUGGACACUGAUCCCGCUUGAGGCUCGCUUAGAACACACAAACGCUCGCACACUGCUUUUACAGCUGCGAAAAAGUUGUAGUUUCAAACCAGAAUGAAGGACACAGUUCGUUAUGACAUAACGGUAGCUGCUGCCACGUAGCAGCAUCGAAGGAGAUGAGUAAUUGUGUAUCGGAGGCUGAGUGAAGUGCCAAAGCGUGUAGGAACAAAGUACUGCUUCUGGAGAAGCGUAUAUGCAAUGAUAACUUGAACUUUAUUUUCCUCGGCCAAAUUUUACACGUCGCGUAAUGAGUAGACUACCUGACCCUCGCCUACGCGAGCAGAUGCGUGAAGUAUCGCAUGCGCUGACGGCCGCUCGAACAAUUCCGAGACAAGCUAUCGGCCUACCACUAAACGCCCCACAAAGCACUGUAAAGCGUGUACGCUUCUUCGGUGCUCGCAGUUUGCGAAUGGUGCGACGACAACCGUUUUAUACUGUCCAUAACAAAAAAGAAACGAUGCAUUGCUUAGAAUAUCCGUGUAUGUGAAAGUGGGUCUAGGUAGGCUACACUGGCCAGAGACGCCUCACCGAUGCUUUGUAUUCCAGCUGGCCAGUGCGAUGCCGUUUUAAGCAACGCCGGGACGCAUCCAUAGUAUUGCGGUCGUAGCUGGAGUUUGGUUAGGUACUUCUCCUUGAGCCAGUCUAAUCGUACUUUCUUACGCAUAAAGAGCAAGGUUGUCAUUAUGUAUGCACACUACCGGGCAUGUCGGGUGUGCAGCAAGCGAAGCAGGAUUUCCAUGCUCGUGACGGGCAACGCCCCGCUAAUGUAUACCGCGAAGGAGGGCAUUCACGGUUGUAGCAAGCCAGCGUUGCCCUUCGAGACUUCGACUAUGCCGGAAUCCGGCUGAAGCUCUCAGAGAGGUCUUGAGCAGCUUCUUAUGGGCGCCACUCGAAGGCAGCAUUGGCCUCUUUGCCGGAAGACUUAACGUCGAAGUGUCGAGGAGUUCGUGACCUCAAUGCACCGUCCCUCCACCGUGCGAUUUAGUCUCUUUCAGGAAGUAGUGUAAAAGCAGCGCGAGCACCCUAUCUCCACACCCUUUCCUAAGCAUUGUUGAGCCUAGUGCGUAGAAAAAAAAAACAGAACAACCGCGCCGAAACUAAAUAGGGACCAGAGCAAAAAACAAUACGUUGUGUCGCCUUCACCUUGGGUGCAGGCAGGACUUGUUACGGUAUAGCGCUAUGUGUACAGGUGACGCAGUUAGAUCGGUCUCGCAGAUUCCAAGCGCACAAUGUCACCGGAUGCUCGCGUUCUCGAGAAAGCUGUGGGCAUCGACGCCAAUGCUUUGACUCGAGGAAAGAGCAUACUUUGUACAGGGUUUGUGACUUCUUACUGUACAACGUGCUAAUAAAACGUCGAGCGUGUGGACUUUUUCAGCUAGUAGGAAGCUUUUAGUCUUAACGAAUAGAUUAGAAGGCGAAGCUUGAAUGUAGUAUAAGUUAGGCAGCAGCAGCGCACUUCCCCAGAGGGCAAGAAAUUUCAGACUUUCUCUCCACUCAUGUUCUUCCACUAAAGGAACCCUAACUUUUGAUGCCUACAAGUAUCUCGCGAAUUCAACAUGAGCCGCUACAAUGAGCGGACGAGCAGUCACUGUUAGGAUCAUUGGUAUACGAAGAAAACGCGCACUUGAACGCAAUUCGAAUAGUUGCACACAUCAUAACUUGCCGUCGGAGGUUUAUUAGGAGCAUCGAACACCGCGCGACGACAUCGCCAGCUUCAUCACGAAGGCUGGGAAAUCUAAAUGAUUUAGUAUUGAAUGAUUAAGGUGAUUCAGCUGAGGGAUUACUGCGCGCGACAAUUCACGUCUUCUUUGCUUUCAAUAAUCGAUUACGGAUACCAGAAGAUGGAAAUGUAUUUCCUUGCCACUCAUUACAACAUGACGGCUAUCAAAUUGUUGCGAUUUGGAAAGAACGCUGUAAGGUUUGCCUGAACUACAUCGGACACUAACGUGUUCAAUGCUGAUAGUGACGCGGUGCAAGUCAACAUUGUCGCUGCUAUUUGUGUUUUCAAUGUAUAUGCAAGUGGAGGUUGUGUUUCACGAUUUGUGGUACACGUGAUCAAUGUUUUUCUGCGUCCCGCUUUUUGAAUGUGUCAGUAUCUGUGGUAGCCUGGAAAGUUGCAAUCACGCAUUUGUAAAAGUGGCCAGGGGCCCGGAUCGUUUCAUGAAUGCUACUACGUAAGCGUGUAAAAGUGCUUCCAAGCCUUUGCUAUUGUCAAAAAAAAAAAAAAAAAAGAAGGAAAGUUCCUUUCUUACCGUGAACUUGACACCAGGCAGUUUAGAGCAAUGUAUGCUUAUUCUGUUCGUGAGCUAGCGUUUCUUUAGCUUCCACUGCUCAAGUGUCCUCGCCAAAGAUUUGUGCACCCUUUUAAUGCUGUUGCCACUGGUUAUUAUGUGAAAUAAAUCUCUUUCAACUAUUA